AUGGAGCCACCUUUCCAUGGUGGACCCGACCCACGCUUCAUGCACGAUGGUCCCCCGGAGCCAUGGAUGGGUCCUAGAGGACGAAUGCCCCCUCAUCCGUAUGGGCCAGACCCAUGGAUGCACCAUCCAGAUAUGGAUCCGAUGGGUUAUGGACCUAUGGAUGACUACCGUCCACGUCCUGGUAUGCGGCACCCUUACGACAUGGACGGCCCACCAUUACCUGGUGGACAUUACCCCCCUCCGGAGUUUGACCAUGGUCCUCUAAUGCACCCUGACUAUCCUCCCAUGGAUGGAUAUGGACCUCCUCAUCCAGAUCCGUAUUUCAGGCACCCGCCGCUGCCCAUGGAUGACAUGGAGUAUGGUCCGCUAGAGCCUUACCCACCGAUGCCCGGUAGGCAUUUCCCCCCGCCGCCAGAGUUUGAGCACGGCCUUCCACCACCACCGAUGCACCCUGAUUACCCUCCGAUAGACCCAGGCAUGCCGCCGCCUGUCUUGCCUCCCCCCGGCAUACCACCGCCUGCCAUACCACCCCCCGGCUUGCCACCACCUCCGCUACAUGAAUAUGGUCCUCCCCCUCCGUUUGGGCCCCUAGACCCGCCUUUCGCACCUGUGGACCCUCACUACCUACAUCCUCCGCCAUCGACUCAAAACCUCUCCGUCACUGAGGUGAUGAAAGAGCGUGACAUGCUGAGGAAGCAGGUGGACCUCAACAGGAAGAAGGAGGUUGAGCUGGUGAAGGAAGGUGGAGAUGGUGGAGACCAAGCUGGUGAUCCUCCGGAAGGAGACCAGCGCCAUGGUGACCAGGAUGGCCGAGCUGGACGAGGUGGGUCUGACCAUGGGCCUCCCCCCCUGCCACCGCCCCCAGUGUCCGGCUCCGUCGACCUGCAGGACCUGCCCUUGCAGAUGGCCAAGAAGAAGAAGACCACCGUCGCAAAGCCGAAGCCCCCCACUGCCUCCACCACUGCGUCCGCCUAUGUCAGCCUGGAGGACCUGCCCCUGCAGAUGGCCAAGAAGAAGAAGACCGCCGUCGCGAAGCCGAAGCCCCCCACUGCCCUCACCCCCUCCACGCCUGCCUCUGCUGCCACUGCCACCACCGCCCCAACAACCACACCAGAAGCUACACCAGCCACCGUCACAACUGAUACAACCACCGCCCCAACAACCACACCAGAAGCUACACCAGCCACCGUCACAACUGAUACAACCACCGCCCCAACCACCACACCAGAAGCUACACCAGAAGCUACACCAGAAGCUACACCAGAAGCUACACCAGAAGCUACACCAGAAGCUACACCAGCCACCGUCACAUCUGAUACAACCACCGCCCCAACAACCACACCAGAAGCUACACCAGCCGCCGUCACAUCUGACACAACCACCGCCCCAACAACCACACCAGAAGCUACACCAGAAGCUACACCAGAAGCUACACCAGAAGCUACACCAGAAGCUACACCAGCCGCCGUCACAUCUGACACAACCACCGCCCCAGCUACCACCCCAACCACCGUUGCGUCUGAUUCAACAACCACACUAGCCACUGACUCGGUAAAGGCCUCAGGUGAUACAGAGAUGGACACAAGUGCCGAGACAGCUCAGGUGGAGAGUGCCCAAGCAGAGACUGCCCAGGCCUCAGGUGAUACAGAGAUGGACACAAAUGGCAAGAGCAUCCAGGCUGAGACUGCAGAGGCCUCAGGUGAUGCAGACAUGGCCACAAGCACCGAGAGCUCCCAGACCCAGACCACUCAGGUGCAGAGCGCCCAAGCAGAGACUGCCCAAGCAGAGACUGUCCAGGCCUCAGGUGAUGCAGAGAUGGACACAAGUUCCGAGAUGGCUCAGGUGGAGAGCGCCCAAGCCCAGACCUUGGGUGAUUCAGAGAAGGGCACAAGUUCCGAGGCUGCUCAGGUGGAGAGCACCCAAACAGAGUCUGCAGAGGCCUCAGGUGAUUCGGAGAAGGGCACAAGCGGUAAGAGUGCUCAGGUGGACAGCGCCCAAGCAGAGACUGCCCAGACUUUGGUUGAUUCAGAGAUUGCCACAGGUGCCGAGACCGCCCAGGCCUCAGGUGAUUCGGAGAUUACCACAGGUGCUGUGACAGAAGCAGAAACCACCCAGGCAGAACCGACCAGCAGCCUGGUGAAAGAGCCUGACAGUCAGCCGGCAUCCUCUACUCCCACUGCCUCUUCCACCAAGGAUGGGGACCCAGCGAGCAGCGGUUCCUCCAGCCAGCCGGGUCCAGUGAAGCUGACCCCUGCAAAGACCCCUGCUCCCCAGAGCAAAACCUUCAAACUCAUGACCAAGUUCCUGCUUCCAAAGAGGCCCAAACCGGCUCCUCUGUGCCCUGCUAAAGCACCAGCUGGACGCUCAAUGGGGGCCAUCCUGUCCAUCGGGGAUAAUGACCUUGGUGUCAUUGAACGGGCCGACAAAAAGACGUUUCCUUUCAAGCUGAGUGCUUUUGUGGGCAUACCUACUAAUCUGGUCCCUGGAGUGAAGGUGCACUUUACUGUCUGCAAGACUGAGGAGGAUGACGAUUGUGCAACUGACGUGUGUGUCCCGUCUGGAGGCACAGAGGAGUUGCACGGUGAAGUGUUCGUCGGAGUUGUCACCAAGAGCAUAAAAAACGCACAGUUGAAAAACAAGGUGAAGCAGCUAAGGCUGGAGACAUCCAUCUACGGUACGGCAAUGGAGCUGCCCUUCACCGAGGGCGACUGUGCCGUCACACUGGUCACCAAUGACCUUGUGACCUUCCAGGUGGUCACCAGCAUCGUCACAAAAACCAUGAGGGCUACGAACAUCCGGCCACAGGUUCCAGACACGUUCCAGGUCACCAACGAGACACGAGUCAUGGGCGUGAUCACAAGAUUGGAGAACGGUGUUUGCGCCAUAGAAUCUGAGCGCUAUGGAAAUGUGUGUCUCUACACGGAAAACACCGAGAACCUCGGGGACGACAAAUGGGCUGUGUCCGACCGGGUGGAGUUUACCAGGAUGACGGUGCAAGGAGUAGACAUGGCCGUCAGAGUAAGGAAGCUUCCAGAGGGGAUGGAGUCGUUUAAUGACCUCGCCCAAACCGACGAGGAGGAGGAGGGGGGAAGCGAUGAAGAAACUUCAGAAGAAGAAGAGGAGGAAGAAGAAGAAAUUGAAGAAGUAGAAAUGGAAGACAAUGUUGUCGAGAGUGAACCGGAGCCAGAACCGGAGUGUGAGCCCGUCAUUGAGGACGUCAGUACGGAGAAGUACGACGGAGUGGUGCUCAGGGUUCCCACCAAGACGGAAAAGGCCACGGUUCUUGACCUUGGCAGCGUAAAGAUCUCUGUGAAUGACGAGGAGAAGAGACUGACCUUCGGUGCAAAUGAUGUGCUAACUAAGGCCACCAUGCUGGUGGGGGACAAGGUGCAGCUGAACAUAUCCACCAACCCAAAGACAAAGGCAGAGAGGGCUGUCAACGUGCACUUCCGCAAAGGCUUCCUGCGUAUUCUCACAGAGCAACGCAAAAACGGCGUUGUGAUUGAGCUGGAGGAGUCACAUGGAUACAUCAAAUACCCACAAGACCCAAAGUUGUUUUUUGACCUCAACGAGGUGAUGGAGGAGAAUCAGCUCUCCGUCUCUGACAAGGUGGAGUUCACCGUGAUGCCGAAAACAGAAGGAGUUGGGAACCAAGCCAUCCGGGUCAAGAGGCAUGUGGACCGAAAGUUACCGCCUAAAUUAGAGGCCUUGGUGGCAAAAAAUAGAAUUAAGAAGAAGAUGACCAUUAAAAUCUCAACUGAGCCAAGAGACCAAACUCCAAAUGAUGAACUUAAACCUGGUACUGUGGACUCAGACACUGUAAAGACGGACGUCUUGCCAAUGCGAGCAAAGCCAAACCCUAUGAGCACCAAGAUCACAAUGCUCAGAAAGGAGGUGAUUAAGAAGGAAGCAGAGGAGGCCAAGCGCUCCAGGAGUGAAGACCGCUCGAGUAAUAACGACAGUCCGAGGGAAGACCGUCGAAGUCGCAGUCGUAGUCGCAGUCCUACCCGUACCUCAGCCAUCAGUCCUGGCCGGGACGGUAAAAGCGAGAGCCAAGACAAGGCGAAUGGCGGCGAGGCAGACAAACGAAGCCUGAGCAAGGAAAAGAGGGAGGAUGGGAAUAGGGAGAAGAUGGAGAAGCCCAAUAGAAGUCGUAGCGGAAGCAGAGAGCGCUCCUACCGAUACAGGGGCACUUCCAGAGGCGGAAGCAGGGAAAGAAGCCGAGACGGAGAUAGGGACAGGGACAGAGAGAGAGAGAGAGACAGAGACAGAGAGAGAGACCGGCAGAGGGAGAGAGACAGAGACAGGGAAAGAGAUAGAGACCGAGAUCGCGAUAGGGAUAGGGAUCGGAGCAGCCACCGGAGGACUGGUCAUAGUCCAGUGCGAUUGGAUACAAGAUACUUGAGAGGCAGCAGCACUGGAGACCCUGCACACUGGAGAGGCAGCAGCAGUAGCCGGAGUCCCAGUAGAGACAGCUCAAGCUCUCGGUCAUAUUACAGGGACCAUCCAAGCUCUGAUCCAUAUGGGAAGCCUCCUUAUGGACCACCAAGUUCUGAUCCAUAUGGGAAGCCUCCUUAUGGACCACCAAGUUCCGAUCCAUAUGGGAAGCCUUACGGGCCACCAAGUUCUGAUCCAUACGGAAAGCCUCCAUAUAGACCACCAAGCUCUGAUCCAUAUGGGAAGCCUCCUUACGGGCCACCCAAACCGUAUGGUGUGGACGAGGAGUUGAUGAAAAAGCAAAGGGAGCUGGAGGAACUUAACGAGUUGAUAGCCCGAAAGAAAGCAUUGAUAGGCCUUGAAGAUGAGAAGCCUAAAGCACCUGCUGGCAUGCCUAAGGAGCGCCUUGGCUGGGGGUCAGAGCCUUUGGGCUCGGACGAGGAAGAGACUCUCGAGUGGUUACCUCAGAACAGCGCAAGACGUCAAGCUGCCAAACCAAUCAAAUCCAUUCUGAAGAAACCCAAAGAAUAUCCUCCUCCUGACGUUCCACCUCAGAUGUUGUUGCAGCCUAAAAGCAUGGAAGAUUCCUCCAAACCACCAGCUUCGCACUACUCUUACGACAGAACCCAUCCAACGUCUGCUCCCCCAGGUCAUCCUCAGGACAAUGCUACUAGGUAUCCAUUGAGUCACCUCCACUCAGGCCAAACAUACUCAUACCGGGAAGAAAGGUCUUACCGUGACCCAGACCCUUACAGUCACCAUUCUGCUUCUGGUCAUUCUCAAGUUCAUCACACGGCCUCACCUCCUCCCGCUCGCUACGGUCAACCCCUUCCUGACCAGCGCCGGCCAAGCCCAACUCAGAGCUCCCAAACACUUCCAGUUCAGAGCUCCCAAACACUUCCAGUUCAGCAGCUGGAGGCAGAUUCCAGAGGCUGCGCGGCCUCCCAGAUGCAGCGUUUCCUUAGUCUGCUCAACAAAGGAGUGGAUAUCAACCAGCUUUCCACGCUGAUUAGAGAAUCCAUGGGGAAGAACGCUGCCAGUAGUAGUUCUACUACACCACCGGUCAGGGAAGGGUCGUAUAAAGAUGACCGGUACGAUCCCUUCAAGGUCGAUGAAGAGCAGGACCACAAGCAGAGCAAGGAUGACCUGCUGCCCCAUGAAAGAGCUAUGGAGGACGGCAGUGGAUUUUCCCGAAUUCUUGGCCUGAGUCUCGAGCCGCAAGACAAAGGCUCGCCAUUGAGGCACAGUGUAGAGAAGGAGAAGGAUCCGUCCGGCAGCACGGCAGUAGAGGCGAGCGCCAACCAGUAUGGCCACCAACCUGAUCAGUCUGAAACAUCAGUGCCUUCUGCCCAGUACAAACAAACCCCAAAGUCUAGCCUGACUCAAGAUGAGUCGAUGCCACCAACUGCUGGCAAAGAGAAAGAGAAGGAACAGUACUUUGACAAAGUUCAGAAUCUUCUCAAAGCCAUCGGCCUGAACCUCAACUCUUCAGAGGUGACCCAGCUAACAGACCGGAUGAAGGAGCGGCUUUACGGCGCUAAGACCCGAGAAGCCUCUUCCGAGUCCAAAGGGAGCAAGCACUCCUCAAGUCGCCACCAGAGUCGGACUCACUCAGCAGACUCCGACCCCCUCCGCUCAGCCUCGCCGGCCAAGAGAGCUCGUCGAGAGGAGCAGAGGAGCCAGUCGAGCCUCUCGCGGCGCAGCAGCGAAUGUGACCCAGAGGACGUCCGCAAGCGAAGCGCUGAGCCUGGAGUGACCCCAGACCGCAGUAGCUAUACGCCAGAAUCCACCAGUCAGAAAUAUGACCCCUACUCAUACUCACAGGAUUCCAGGACACACACUCCUGACCCUGCCUACCCCUCAGCUGCGUCCAGCGCUGCCCAUGCUGCCUCCAGCACAUCAUAUCCUCACUCGGCCACAAACCCCAGCUACCCUUACCCCUACCCAGGCUCUCACUACCCCCAGUCCUCUUAUGCUUCACAUUAUGCUGUUGGUCAUACUAGCUACUCAGCCAGGGCGUAUGACCCCUUCACUUAUUCGGGUGGACACUCGUAUGCCCCUUCAAGUUCAACCCAUGCGCCGGCGGCCGCCGCAGCUUCCCCCUCUUCCUAUUCAGGAAGUACUGCUUAUCCCUUGAAUCCAGAAGGUAGUGAUCCCUAUACCCCCCUCCAACCCUCAGGAAGCUCCUCAUACUCCCUCACAGAGCCCCAACAGGUGAACCAGGGUGAUUCAAACGCUGGCCGAUGCCUUACUGUUAUCGAGCCAGUCAGUAGCGAAACCAUGAGUGACUUAGUCAAGGCCAAGCAACCCGUGCUGACGGAGGAAGAUGUGAAAGCAAGACAGAAAGUAAAGAUGGACCAGUACACACAGAAGAUGAAGGAGAAGCAUGAGAAGUUUAUGGAGGCCAUGAGAAUCUCUAAGCGGACCCAGGGGAAGAAGGAGCCUGCAGCUGCUGUUGUCACAGAGAUGAAGAAUGUGUGGAUCUGUGGUCAUUCUCUUGUGGACUGGGCUGAGAAAAGGGCCAAGUCUCCAGAGGUUGGCGUGGAGCUGGGCAUGGACCCCAACUGUGUGCGUGUUUGGUGGAAGGGGGUCCAGGGCAUGACGUGGGACCAGCUGGUGCCCCAAGUGCACCAGCUGAAGCUGAACUGGCCCAAUCCUGACCUGCUCAUCGUCCACCUGGGGGGCAACGACAUCAACAAGAGCACCUCAGAAGAGCUGCUCAGCUCCAUUAAAAAGGACCUGGCCUCCAUACACAGUAUCUUCCCCAAGUGUAGGAUAGUUUGGUCUGACAUCCUGCCAAGGCGCUUCUGGAAGGAUGGCAGUGGUAUUAUUGAGGAUACUGAUGGUUCAGUCAACUCUUUGGUUGGUGUGAUCAAUCGCCAAGUUCAUGCCAUCGUAGCUGAAUUAGGGGGCACGGCAGUGACCCACGAUAACAUCGGGUCCGGCCUUUAUCGCCCCAAUGGCAUCCACCUUUCUAAGGGGGGCAUUGAUACGUUUAAUAUGAACCUUCAGGACAGCCUGGAGAAGUGGGAGAGUGAGUCGGCUCAGAAAACAGAACAGGGUUAAGGGGGGGUGAGGGAGAUGAGCCACAUUUUGGGUUCGUUUGAUUGCAGUCUUAGUUCCAAUAGCCUUUUUUAGUUCUCACCUUAAUGCUGUAAUUGAAGUACAUGACAUUUUAAUGUAUUUUGUGUACUAGACUUUAUUAUUAAAAGUCUCAAUGUGCAAAUGAAAUGGAUUAUAAUGGGCUGUUUUGGUUUUGGGAUUUAAUUUUGUCAUGAGAAAAAUUCCUUUAAAAAAAUAAAACAAGAAACUAUCUGUUU